CUGCAAUGUAACGUCGGGGAUGUCGGGUCUGGAAUCAUUUCCGUACGGGAACCCAAAAUCAACUUGGCGCAAGGAUUGGGAAGGAUAUUCGCUCGUCCAAAUUUCCUGAUAGAGUGGGGUUUGGGCAGUGCAGGAGACAGUGGAUGGUGCAGGCUUUCUUGCCCUCUUCAGAAAACUUACCCUCUGUCAUCACUGUACCUUUGUUCCCAGUGAUAUCAGACCGAUCCAUCCAGGACCAUUUUACACAGAACAGGAAAGCUUCACUCCAUAGAGACCUGGUAGAUCAAAAGCCACCCAUGACCAAGUACGAUCGUCUUCAAGAGCGAGGCAGCUCUGAGUACGAUGACCACCAUGAAUUCGACCAAGCAGCUGCCAGACUCCCAACACAACGCCAGAAGCUUCUCUUGCGAGUCAAAUACGCCCUCAUCCUACUAUUAGCUGUCUUCGGCUUUUUUGACUUAGCAUACCGAGCAUACACCUCUAUCCCCUCACGCAGGACCAUAUCGUGCAACUGCGGAGAGACUAUUGAAGAGGCCAUCGCCAACAACUGCAGAUACGACUCGUUUGCAGCUGCGUGGCUCCCUCCCGCCUGUCGAAAUGAUGAGUUGAUAGAGAAAUUCGAGGCCUCUGGGCCUAACCCGGAUGGAAGCUGGACGUACUAUGCAGACAAAAAUAAGACCCAAGUCUUGUCCCUCGAAGAAGUGUCUAUGCUGCCGAAGACUGGAUCCCACUUCUUUACGACACACCACUGGCAUCUUGUCCACUGCGCAUACUACUGGAAGAAGAUGUUUUUGGCUGCUGAAAAAGGCACAGUGAUUGAAGCCCGAUAUAAUAAUUGGGCCCAUAUCGAUCACUGCGAGAUGAUGUUCCUGAAGCGGGAUCCAUUGGAUACUAUUGUGACUGAGGCGGGUGUCGCGCUGCAUUCGGAUCAGAUGGUUGUUGCAAAAAAGCAUGGUCACAAAGGGCAUGAGGACCAUCAAAUGAAUAAAGAAGGAGACUACUAGAAACUGGAAUGGUCGCUCCAUUGAUUCUUCUUACAUAUGUCUGUCGACCAAGGCUUGAAUAGUAGUGGCAAAUCAUCAAAUAGAGCCAUCUUAGCUUAGCAAAGAACAUGCCGUGAUGCAUAAUCCGCAAAGUAUUGAAGGAUAUCAUGCUUUUGUCGCUACGUAGCCUAGA